AUGGGUUCGACAGCCUUGCAUCAUGAUGGCUCAGGUAUCUCAAUGAAAGUUACCAACCAUAUUCCUCAACCUCUUGUAUGUCAGCAAGAUAAUGACAGCUAUCUGGAGCCGCGCUGUCUCCUGAAAGAAGAGCAUUUAAAAUUUGAUGCACUUACGAAUUUUCCUCAAAUGGUAAAUGAUCAACCCACCUUCUGGAAGCGAAAUCAACUCGGACUUUAUGUAGAUUCUUUGGGAUAUGAAAGGCCUUCGGUAGGCCAUAUGAACUUAGAAUCCUCUAUGAACAUCAAAGACAAACCUGAUGAUAAUGCUUUUUCUGGAACAAGUACCAGCCUUUAUGAGGGUCAUUCUUAA